UGAGUAAGUCUUUGGUGUCGGUAGGUUGGCUGUAGCAAGCUACAAGACAGUCUCGGAUAUGAGCAUACAGUAGUCUGGCAGUACAAAAUGAGUGUGGCACGAGCCCGACGGCACGUGGGAGUGGUCUAGACUCCACAGAACCACCAAUUAAUUUACGUACGACCAUCUACGGACAUGACCCAUGCCUUGCCCUCUGACCACUAUCGCGAUCACUUGACAACAUACUAACAUGGUGAGAGCAGAACGAAAAUAUGUCGACCUCAUACGGCAAAGCACCCCAGGCCUCUUCGCUAACUGGGAUCCAGAGAACCCAAUCAAGGUCGGAUCGUACGGUCGUUUCGACCUUGAUACAUCACGAUUCACUGUCCUCGGCAACAUAUAUGAUCCAGAAUUUCAAGUCCUUCUCGAUGCUGUCCAUGGAAAUUUCAAGAUGUCAGACUAUCCGCCAGAGUUGGAUCCAGUAGAGCAGGAUAUGAUUGUCACCUCCACGGGUGCUAGGAAGCAUCUCUUUGAUCCAGGACCAAAUGCCAAGAAAGAGAACUUCAAAAAAGCUUCAUUCAAGAUGAAUUUCAAGUUCCUCUCAGGCAAGCGAAGUGCUGUUCUCAUCAUGCACAAGCCACGUCUGUAUCACAUUCCACGUAAUAAAGUCCUCGACGUGCUAUACAGAAUACCAGAAUUCAAUGGUCUGUUCAUCGUUCCAUCGGUCUACAAGUGCCGCGCAUGGUCCAUCUAUCUAUCAAGUAAACUCGAAGAGAUUGUCUCUAUAGCACUUCUUCCGUCGAAGGUUGGCUUCGACCUUGAAUGGUGGUGCAGCUCGGACUCGGACUUCCUGCGCCAGGGCACCGACAAGGAUGGCUUCGCUUCACCCCUCUUCUCAGGAAAACAAAAACUACCGUUGAUUCGACGUUAUAUGCGUGGUAUGCCUGUACCAGACCCUGAACCAGGCGAUAAAUUGUGUGUUGCCCCUGUAGCAUUUGACAGGUUGAUCACGCUUACUGAUUCGCAACAUAGCUGGAUAGAUGGAUGUCCAGGUUGGGAGCCCGUUGAUGAGGAUGGUUAUGAUGAUCCUAUAUGGGAAGAGGUAAUUUUCGAUUUCUCCCUAGUUUCGGAAAUCCUCACUUGGUGUUAUUCCCGCAGGAUUAUGAGCCGAAUGUCGCGAGAGUGUGGCGACGCAUCAUGUGUAAAUCUUCCACGCAGUGGUGAAUAAUUUUACCACCUUAUCUUCUUUGUGUAUUGUAGCAAGGACAGGGUCACGGAUUAUGUAGACAGACGAACAUUCUUACGUUUCUCAGGUUGUGGC